UUGCUUAUCUGUUUACUUGACGCAUACCUGGCAAUAAUAACUAUUGAAGCUAGCAUCAUUAUCAAAGAUGGCGGGCUUUAAAGAUCGCGAUAAAAGACAUUUUCCUCUCACUGACACUUCUUCUGUCGUGAAACUGUUUGAAGAUCAGCUGAAAGGAUCGAACGAGCCAAAUCUUGCACUCCUUUCAAUAACAUUAGGAUGCAUUGAAAAUGCUUUAACGUUAAACAGAUCCGUUCCCUCCACUGAUGACUCAACUCUGUUGCGACCAAUUUUCCCGGUCGUAGAUCUCGAUACUGUUGAGGCACUUUAUACGAAAUUCGAGACCCUUGUUAAAGGAUCCGUCGACUUGACGAAAUAUCCUGAGGAAUAUUCCUCAAGAGACCUGGUCAAACGGAUUUCAGACGUUAUUUGGAGCUCCUUAUCCCGCAGUUUCAAAGAUAAAGCUCACCUACAAUCCUUGUACAGUUUUCUUACAGGAAACAAACUGGACUGUUUUGGUGUGGCCUUUGGCGUUGUUGCAGCAGCACAGCUUUUGGGUAGAAAUGAUAUUCACUUGGCUUUGUCAGAGGAUCAUGCAUGGGUUGUCUUUGGAGAAGAUGGAACAGACACUGCGGAGGUCACGUGGCAUGGAAAAGGCAAUGAAGACAAACGAGGACAGUCCAUAGCCCUGAGUGUCGCAGAGAAAUCGUGGCUCUACUUGAAUGGUCAGCCAGUCAUCUGCAAUCGUCUGAUGGAGGUAGCUGCUAUGGUCUCAGCUGCUAACCCUUCCAUCAGUAUGACCAUGGACAGCAUAGAAAUGGGCGCACUUCAACAGGAGCUGUUGUGGCUGCUGUAUGAUGAAAGUCACCUCUCAAAGUACCCUAUGGCUCUGGGCAACCUUGGAGACCUAGAGGAGAUCUCCCCUACCCCUGGUCGACCGCCACCUCUCUCGUUAUUCCAAGAAGCCAUCAGUUCAUCGGUGAAGAACUAUGCGAACCAUCACGUGUACCCUUACACGUAUAUGGGUGGCUACCUUUACAGAAAGCGGCGCUACAAAGAGGCCAUCAAGUGCUGGGCUGAAGCAUCUAAUGUCAUUAGAAAGUUCAACUACACGAGAGAAGAUGAAGAAAUUUACAAAGAGUUUCUGGAGAUUGCGAAUGAACUGAUUCCCAACAUAGUGAAGGCAGUGACCCUCAACACACUGGACCAUGAACAGCUGAACCUGCUGUAUGACCCUGUGGUCUAUGGAGACAUCUUGCGGUUCUACGACGGGAUUUGUGAGUGGGAGGAAGGGAGUUCGACUCCUGUGUUGCAUGUGGGCUGGGCUCAGCAUCUCACGUUUUCCCUCAAUAAAUUUGACCCAAGGACAAGAGCCAAAAUUGAUGUUGGGAAAGAUGAGGAUGAAGAAGAUAAAAAGAGUGAUGAUGAAGAAGAUGGGGAGGAGGUGGACGGGAAGAAAGUUGUAGAUAACAAAGGUGGGGUUCAAGAUUCUGAAAACGGGAAAGGUAAAGCGGCAGUCCAGAAAGACCCACUGAAAGUAGUGGUGGAGGAAAUGAAAGAGGUCAGCAAAGAAGAUUUGACGCUUUCUGCUCCAGAGGCAAGUCCUCUUGGCCAGAGAGUGACAGCUAGAGGUCGCAAAGGUCAGAGGAGAAGGAUGUCUGGGACCGCCAAAUCUGCCGCGAGUGAUUCGAUCAAAAAGGGGAACAUGGACGAGAACAGCAAUGCCGAAGAUAAGAUCAAGUCAACUAUCGAAGAGCUGGCCUCCAAAGUUGGGAAAGAAGAACACACACAAGCCGCGGCUCCCAACCCCAGCAUCACAGCGCUGGCACAGCAGUGCAGCCUCAACAUCCUGAACAAAGACUACUUACUGGGGGCCGGAGAGCCCUUCUCCUCCUCGUCCCCGUCGACGGUUGCUGCAGUUUCUGCCACGUCGGAAGAGCCAUUCACCACUAGCGCGGUCACGACCAGCGCGGUCUCAGGGACGGACGUCUUAGAUGAGUUCCUUAGCUCCAAGUCCAAUGGAAGCGCCUUCAUCGGGCUGACGAUGGACUCGAUGCUCAAGGCAGAGAGCCCAGCAGACAUGAUGUUGACGAUAAAGCGGGCCGACGACGUCACGAAAGCUGCCCCAGCACCAUCACCGUCCCCGUCUCCCACAGCUGAAAUGUUAGCGUCUCUGUCCCCUGUUCAGGUAGAACUUCGCAGUGAGAAGAUGAAGGGUCUAAAGAUGAUGUUCAAAUCCACCAAACUCAAUGCCAGCGCGAUCAAGCUUCAGCUUACAGCUCAGUCGCAAGUUCACGUGAAGGAUUCUCGUUUUCUGGAUUUCUGUGAGCCCACUGGUUCUGUGCGAAAGCGGCCGAGGAGAGAAAUUUUGUAAAGGAGGUCGACCCAGUUGUUUGAUCAGGACAUCUGCGCAUGUUAUCCUCUUUUUUUUUUCUCUGUAACCAUAGAAACAAAUUUACCUGUGACAGUGUUAAGAGUUCAGAUAUUCUUUGAGUUUCACAGUGGUCAAGGGAAGGUCUCUUGAAAUUGAAAAUUGAACUAUAAAUCAAUGCAGAAUUUAAUGUAACAUUGAGUUGUCAUAAGAAGUGAAGAGCCCUGUGACUGAACAGAAAAGUCAUGAAAUUUCUGUCCUAUAAAAAAAAAAAAAAAACUACCGACCCGAGGUCAGAAGAACAUGCCAGUGAGUUGCAUGGUACAUUAAUUUACGUUCAGUGUCCCUGUUUUGCUGCUUUUAUUGUCCAAAAACAAAAACACAACUGGAAUCUGCUUUCCAAAGAUUGAUCAAGAUCUGUGACUCUUGUUGUUUGUGUUCACAUAAGGGGAAGACGCAAUAUGAAUGUACAUCCUUUUGUAUGUAUUCAGUGUUAUUGGCUGUCUCAAGCUUUCUGUAUAUCUCCCACUUUGUUGAAUAUUGGGGAGGAAAAUUGGGUUGUUGCACCUGUUUUCACCCAUGCUGCAUCAUGUUGUAUUGGACAUUCCAGUUGCUAUUGCAGAUUGUCAAUGAUAUCAUGUACGGAGUCAAAAUCCUUUCUCUUCAUCAUGUUUUGGCUGUGGCCAUGUCAAGCUGUUUUGUUGUUUUUUUCUUGUGAAGGGUGCGCUUACUCUUUGAUUUUAACACAGCCGUUUCCUAUUGAAGUUUUGCCGUUUGUGUGGAUUAUAUUUCUAUGACAGGAAUAAGAUGGUUGAAAGUGUGUGUUUGUGCACAAUCAGAUUGAGACCAAAGAAAAAUUUGCUUAUGGUGUUGUUGUUUUUUUUAAUGUGCAGUGGGAGAAUAUAAUUGCCACAUGAAAUGUUGAUCAUGCAGUAAGUUUUUGUGCUUUCUCGAUUAGUUGUGGUGUUUUUGCUUCCAUUUAUGUCACAAUAUUGAAGGUGUUGUAUGUGUAAUCCAUUUCUUUUGCAGUAAGGCUAUGUUAAUUUCUAGAAUAGUAUGACGACAAAAAUUUGUUGUAAACUGCUUUUGAAAGCACAUGUUCUGUAGUUGAUGUUUCAUAUCUUUGCAGAAACCAGAACGCAGAAACAGAUACUUAGCGCUGACUUUUAAAGUUUUUAUAAAUCAUUUUGUUUAUUGAUAUAUUCAUUAGUAAUUCGCGAAUAUAAAUGGAGGAAAAUGGAAUUUUUUGGUAUUGCUUUUCUUGAGAAAGACUUAACUGUAACUUCUUAAUAGAAUUGUCGCAGCUAUCUGUGCGAGAUGUACUUAAUUGUUUCUAGGUUCUGAUUAUAGAUUUGUAUUUCAAUAAUUUCAUGAUACUUUGAGAAACUUGGAUCAUAUUUUUCUUAUUUUGAAGUUGAUUUUUCUUCGUGUCCUUAUUUUAUGUAAAGAGAAAUGAGUUUGAAAAAGUUGGAAUGUUCAUACUUCAUAUACAUGAGGUCAUCAGCUCUUAAUUUUUAUAAAACUUUUAGGAAGGUCAAACUUUAUUUAUGACAAUAUGACAUUUAUUUGUUAAAUGCUGUUUUCUUGUACAUUUCUUUCUUUUCUUUCUUUUUUUUGGGUUUUUUUUUGUUGACAAUUAUUGUUUCUGAUCAUCAUGUUCUAGUCGCAGAAAUACUUAUUUCAUAAAUUAUUGUCUAUUGUAGUUUACAGUUUGUUUAAGUCUUUUUGAAACCCGGUUUUUUGUCAGGAAAACUGGGGACAUUUUUUUUUUUUUGCUUUUUGGGUUAGCAUUAGUCACUUUUUCAUAAAGCAUUGACUUGGAAUUUUGGUACCGUAUUGGUUCAGUGAUGAACUGUGAUCUCUGUGAAACAAAUUUUUACAUUCAAAUGUGAUUUUGACGUUACAUGGUUAGGAUUUAUAUUAAUUUGUUAUUUUUGGUUUUGAUACUAAUUAGUUUGAAUCGAAAAAAUCUGUUACAAUGUCUUUACCUGGCAUACUUCAAUAUCAAGAGAGAAAAUGUGUAAGUCUGCCUUUGGUCAACAUAAAACUUGUUGACAGUAAAAUACGCUUGGAAGAUGGCCAUUUCUUUUCAUCACUGAUACAGAUAUGUUGUAAAAAGCAGUGGGAAAUGUUAGGGGUGAAGCAUUCUUCUUCUAGACACGGUUUUCGUCAUUUGGAAAGCGGUGCUUAACAUUUCGCGUAUCAGGAAUUCAGGCUGAGAGAAAUAUUAUGUACAGAAAUGUAGGCUCAGUUCAGGCAGAACUCAGAACUGAACCCUGGACUUUCUCAUGUUUGUAAAGGUUCAUUAAGCAGUUGUGCCAUGGGAUACAGGAAAAUGAAUUUUCUACAGAAGUUUUUCGUGGCAGUGGCAAAAGGUUUUAGUGUCAGUGACUAAUUUGCUUCCCUUUUGGUUUUUGGUCGGGAAUAAAAUUUCUACCAGCUGUGAAGGAAUUUUAUAAACUAAAUGACUAAAUGAAGAGUAUCAAAAUGUCUCUGAAAUUUUGGAAGUGGCUUCAAAUAUUCUUGUGAACUCAGAGAAUGUGAAGAGUAUAAGAGAAAAAUGGUUCGAAGAAGAAAAAGAAAAAAA